AACACCAAUUGAUUCUGGACAACCUUGGAAGAUGCUCGUCCUACAGAGAACUUAACUCAGAGUCGGAAGGUGAAACUUCGAGAGGUGUCCCUGACGCGCCGCAGAUCCGUCCUUCCCCGCGCCCCACGUCUACCAACUCCUUAAACCCAAUCCCAAUGUCCACGUUCUUCCAAGUCCACCCUCUCCAUGCUCUAAGCAGAGAAACACCAAAUUGCCCACCCACUGUCAUUACCACCCAUUAGACGCCAGCAACCAUGGCCCACCCCACCCGCCGCCCAACCUACCCUCUCGCGCACUCCUUCCGCCACAAACCGCGCCGUCUCCCCCUCGUCCUACGCUUCGCAAAGGGCGCAAUCCACUCCAUAAUCGUCCUCCCCGUGCUCCUCCACUCGCUGUUCACCGUUCUCGUCGUCUAUCUCGACACGUACGUCGUGACCUCCCUCGGCCUGCCCGCGACCAUCAUCCCGUCGCUCUCCAUCGUCGUCGGCUUGAUGCUCGUCUUCCGCAACGGGACCUCCUACGACCGCUUCUGGACCGGGAGAAACUGCCUCACGACGAUUGGCACGAGUGUGCGGAACCUGGCGCGGAUAAGCCUGAGUAAUGCGCGGGGCAAGGACGGCGAGAAGUUGACUGAAGAAGAGAAGAGAGACACGGAGAAGAUACUGAGAGUCCUCGUCGCGAUCCUCUACGCCAUAAAGCACAAUCUGCGCGCCGAAUUCAACAUCCCGCCCGCGAGUCUGGCCUCCCUUCCCCCGCCGACAUCGCCUUUCGGCAGCCGCUCGCGCCCCAUCUCGCGGCGCCCGUCGUACUCGGAUCAUAGCCCCACAGACACUAUCGAUACCGAGCAGCACGGGAUAAACACGGCGAAGGCGGAGUACACGAGCUUGCUACCAGACGGACUGAUGGGGUAUGAGGACCAGGGGCUGGGGCUGCCGCUGCAGUUGACUGUGCUGGUCGAGGGGUUUAUACGCAGGGGGUAUGAGAGAGGCUGGUUCCAUGGGCCGAUGGCGAGCCAGAUGACUGUGCAGUUGAACGCGUUAGUAGAUGCAUACGGGAGGAUGGAGACCAUUCGAUCGACUCCUAUACCGGUAGCGCACCUGAUCCACCAAAAACAAGUCCUCGCCCUCUUCACCUGCGUCCUCCCCUUCGCCAUCGUCGACGACUACGGCUGGUGGUCCAUCCCCAUCGUCGCAAUCGUCGCCUUCACGCUCUACGGCAUCGAAGGCAUCGGUGUGCAGCUGGAAGAUCCCUUCGGCUACGACAAGAACGACAUCAAGAUGGACGGCAUCAUCGAAGAUACGCGGCAGGAAGUCACGGUAUUGCUGGAAGAGUGGAAGGCGACGGGCGAGGGAAGGGCGCUGGGCGGUAUGUUUGACUAGAGUCUUCGGAGGCAAGAAGCCUAUGGAGGUGAUCAGAAUGGGGAUUGCGGGUUGGGGAAGGGAGGAGAAGUGUCGGUUGGAGGAAGAGGCAAGUCGAAGCGAGGACGCUGCGCGAUCUUGCUGACGUUGCUUGCCCCUCAAUUGCUUUCAGAUCGGGUGUCAAUUGGCGUCAUCCAUGGACGUUCCUGCAUAGCCGCGGAGUAAGAUCUAUUUGUUGAGUUGCACAAGGUA